AUGGAAGCGUCGCAAGGUCAUCGCCGUACAGCCUCCACCAAGAAUGCCACAGCAGCAAAACUCCACCACCACCACAACCCCAUCAUAACCCUCUUCCUCACCAAUCUCCGCCUGCUGGACCUGGAUCUCCUCCCCGACUAUCCCACUCCUACCCCCACCGCUGCCACCUUCCACCCCCACUCCGACGCCCGCCUUCGAACCCGAACAACCGAAUUCGCCCUCUACCACCUCUUCCGCCUCUACGACCCGGCGACCACUGCCGAAAAGCUGCGACCCUUCUACCCACCCCUCGAACCACUGCAGAGCAUCAAUCUCCGCGCUGCUUUGUUCAGAUGUCUCAACGAGCUGAAAAAGAAUGGUAUUCUGGGUCGGGAGACAGUGCUGAGGAAGAGCUUAGUUGAAGAAUGCAGUGGAGAUAGAUUAUGGGAAGUCUGUCUUGCCUUUUCUGCCGUAGUGUUGAGGAAGGUGGUGUUGGAGAGGAAGAAGACGUAUGCGGGGCAUAGACAGGGUGGACCGGUUGCGGAGAGGUUGGGGACGGGGGCUAGUGGGUAUGGGAACGCUGCGAGGGAGGGGUUGUUGGUGUCGUUGGGGUUGGCGCAUAGAGUUUCGCUUGGCAGGCAGGUGGAGGAGAGGAAGAGGAAGGCGGAGGGGUUUACAAGGGUGUUUGAGCGGUUGGGGGAGAAGGGGGCGGAGUUGGAGGAGAGGAGGAAGGUUGUCAGGGAGAGGGAGAGUGCCAGGCCGAGUGAGAAGAGUCUGAGGAGGUUAGAGGGGGUUGAGGAGAGUAUCAAGAGAUCGUGGGUGGGGAGUGAACAGCUGCGACAUGUUCUGCUCGAUGGACAGACUGAGAAGGAUGAUCUGCUUUACAAGUCUCUUGAUGCGAGUAAUGGUACUACACUUCCCUCCACCCACGCGACUACAGGUCUCCUGCAGACUCUGUCGCGCACGGUCGAUGAACAGAACGAGCGUGUUCGUCGAUGGCAGACUAUACACGACGACCUCCUCGCGAAGAAACACAGCAGAUCGAAGAGCUCGGCCACUGCAAUCGAAGCGGUGGGUCUUCGAUUCGAAAAGCAUCGCGAUCUUGGUCUGAGAGAUGCGCCUAUGCCCACGUCUUCUGCUCCUCCACGACAACGGAGCGAUAGUGCCAUGAAGAUGUCCGCUCAGUACGACGACAUCCUCACUUCCAUGCGAGAACAAUUGCGACAUCAACGACAAGCAUCCGAGCCUUUGUCUCCCAGUGGCAAAUCAGCAGAGGGCGCUAACAAACCUCAAACACGUCCACGUCCCUCCCGCCACUCAAGCCUGCACAUCUCCACCAGCAGCGAGACGAAAAAUAGCACAAUUCCCGGCGCCCAGGACCCACGGCCCUACCUCCUCCUCCUCCAAACCCACAACCGCUCCCCCUCCGAAACCGCCGUACCCAUGCGUCGCCCUUUCCACGUCUCACGUCGCAGCAGUAGCAUCAAGCCCUCCCACCCUUCACGCAGCAACAGUAGGAGUUAUACCGCGCCGAAAGUCGAAAGUCAACGCGGCGUCAUUCCACUCAAAAGCGAAGUCUUCUCCCCUGUUAAGAGCCGAGUGGGAAGCUGGCAUGGUGGGAGUGGGGAUUGGAGUGCGCUUGGGACGCCUGUUGAGACGCCUAUGGAGGAGGAGAGGGAGGUUGGGGUUGUGGUUGGGGUCGGGGUUGGGGUUGGUUUGGCUGAUGGGAGUAGGGGAGGUGAUGAGGAGGCGCAGGCGGUGUCGCAUGAUAGUGGGGUGGAUAUGGGGAUUGUUAAAGAGAGCCCGGGUUCAUCGUGUGAUGAUGGUGAGAAGGAUGUUGUGGCGGCGGGUCAUGCGGCUUCGAGCUCGCCUACGCCUCUAGUCGCCACUGUGGCCGCGUCGCCAGAAGCUACGAGCAGCAGCAGCAGCAGCGGCUCGCAGUCGGCCUCUCCUUCAGCUAUCUCUGCACCAGCGCCAGCGCUAGUACCAGCCGUUCGGCCCUCCUUGGCCGAGCGCACACGCAUGUCCAUGGCUUUCCGAAGCCUGGAAGACGUCAAGGACGUGAGGAAGUCUGAAGUCGACAUUCUCCCAAUAUCGGCCGAGGAAGAAGGAGUCAACGACGACAGUGGGGAUGUUAAUGCUAAGCAGAAGAGACGCGAGACGUUGCUCGAGCGGACACGGCGAUCUAUCCUUGUAGCUCCUGCAUCCGCGUCUACAGCAGAGGCGACAGCGGCCAAGAAGAAGGACAAGCAGAAACCAUUGCAUACACGUGCACGCAGCUCUAUCCACCCCGUCAACAACACCGGCAAUAACCAUCAUACGACCGCCCACAACAGCCGCCGCUCUUCCAUCCCAAACUUGCUGCUGGAAGAAGAAAACGAACACGACGACAAGGGUGAGCCCGGUACAGAAAGUGUAGCGACACCGAAACGCAAGCUCCGUGACAUUACGCCCCGCGAGCAGCUGUUCUCCCCUGAUGCGGAGUAUUCUAGUGUUUUCAAGCCCAGGCCGAAGAUUAAGAUGAGUCCCGUGUUGAGUCCAUUGGACGAUGCGGAGGGGGAUGAGCCUGGAUUUUGGGUUUGCGGAGGAGAAGGAGGCUAG